AUGAUGAAACCAAAUCCAAAAAUAUUACGACGAUUCUUCAGUGAACAAGGACAUCAAAAUUAUGGUUAUAUCAAUGAAGAAAAUGAGAAAAAGAAAAUAUUCCCAUCUUCACUUAAACAAUAUUUUCCAGUAUCUAUUGGACACGAUCAACAGUCAAAGAAGAAUUUUCUUCGUCAACUCACAUCGCAAACUGAACAGAAAUUACAGAAAUUGGUUUUCGCUCCUGUUACAUCAAAAGUAGAAGAUAAAAAAAAUGACACUAUGUUUAUCUCGGUUAAGUCACCUCAUACCAUUGUUGAAACUGGUCAAAGUUUUCAUCGCAAUAUGAAAUCGGGUAGUCAAAGAUUCCGUUGGAAUCUUUUAUUCAAUGUUCUAGUUUGGUUGAUUGUACCACUUCCAUUUUAG